CCUGUGGAGAAUGACAGAACAACUCUGGUAUGAGAAAAUGAGGUGUUUCAUCAGCACUGAGAAACAACAGAAAUAAAACAAGUGUGAAAUGAGGGAUGCUGCCUGUGUGGGAGUCUGGCUGCCUGCAGCACACAUGGGUGCUGGCUGGGCUGGGGACUGAGCUGCUGACUUCAUCACUGACACCUCUGCAGGCACCUCGAAAAGUGUCCUAGAAUAAAUCUUAUUAAAUUGACAGAAACAUCACUAUUUUUGAGUUAGCCUUCUGUGAAGGAAGACUGAGAUCAGCCAUCAGGCUGGAGUUAGGAAGCUGGGUUUCACCACCUGCCACACUCCUUCAGCCCCACUGCCACUCCUGUGUGGAAGAGGUUUCACAGUGACUUCUGUGAGCCAGAGAGAAGUUUGAGAAGAGGAUCCACAUCUACCCCUGAAAGAAUUUCCUACCAAGGUCAUUGACAUAAAAACCAAGAAAGAAAGAAGGAUAAAUAAGAGAAACCUGUUCCAAUGAGCACUUUGUUUGUCUUUCCUGACCAAAGGGUAAAGUGUAAACUUAUGAGUCUUGUAAGGAUGUAUAAAAAGCAUGCAUGCUAAAAUAAAAACAGGGUUUGAAGCCUUCUGAAAAUGGAGUGUUGCUUUGUAUUGUCUCAGCUACGACGCUCCUGCACACCAGGCUGGACACACACAGAUGUCACCCGCAGCACAUGGAGAAUGUGCUCUUCAUUAGUGGCUCUGUGAGCAGCUAAGUGAGAGCUGACACCAUUAGGCACCUUCUUCUGAGUGCUCUGCAACCUUUCCCAAGCGUGUGAGGGCUGUUUCCCUGCACGGACACCUGCUCCAGACGGGAUUUGUUUGAGCUGUUCCAACAAAAUAGCCCGGCUGUCCCUAAGAACACGAGGGGAGGGCUGACAACGCUGCUUGUGCACCUGAAAAUUCCAGCGCUGUUUUAGGGCAGCCCCAGCGGCCGUGCCCGGACGGGACGGGCCCUGCGCUGCCGAGGGCCGGGAGCUGCUCCGCGCUGCCUGCGCUCCCUCUGCCGGCACCAGAGCUCCGGGAGCAGCCUCUGGGAAAAGCCUCUGGCACCGCCCUCGGUUUAUCCUACAAAGGCUUUUCCACCGGCACGGUAACAACCAGCGCAGCGCGACUGUGCUGGAGCAAACGGGGUCAGCUUUCCUCGGGCAAAGCCACGCUCUGGACCGCCAGGCUACAACCACGAAUUAUUUAUUGGUACAAACGCAGGAAUAAUUUACUCAAAACGAUGUUGGAUAAAGCAGCUGGAUCCCUGCUGUUUGGAGACGGACCCCUGCUUGUCCCAGCCAAGAGCUGAACAGAGGAGAGGGAGCAGAACACGGUCUCUGAACACGAGAAGCAGGAUGGAAGCAGACCCCGCACUGCAUGAGGCACCCGAACAGUUCUGGGAGCAAAGCCAGCCCUGCACAGGGCAGCUGGCGCAGGUAUUGCAUGGGCUGGUGUUUCCAGAGGUGGAUUUUGGAGGGAUCUGAAGCAAGAGGUGAGUUCCUGAGAGCAGGAAAUGGAGCCCUGGAGUGCAGUCCUAACGACCUUCCUGACGACCCCUGAGGCUGGGAUCGCGUUAAGAGCCGGGGUCUUACCCCCCAAAAUGAAGCCAGCAGCGUGUGCUCUGCACAGAGGAGCUCCCCAGCCCGGCGCGGCUGGAGCUCUGCCCUUCUGCUCUCGCAGCACGGCCCGUGGCAGCUCAGAGCUCCUCUUCCCGAGCUCCCUGCCCGAGCUGGAGGGGCUGCCCGGUACCACAGCGGCUGCCCCGCAACCGCACUGGUGUAACCACGACUAGUGUGCAGUCACGACCGCAACGACAGAGACAGCGGAGGCAAAACAGUCUCAUAAACACCCGGGCGGCUGUCUCCGGGCCAGCGGCACAGGGGAGCUCAGAGGCGGCAGCAAGGAGGCCGCGGCCGGGACACCUCGCACCGGCGGAGCCCGGGGUGUGCCCCGGGCCUGCACCGCGCCCGCCCGUUGCCAUGGGAACGGGCCGUACCCGGUGUCCCCGUGUCUCGGCCCCGCCGCUCCGCGCCCCGGCACGAUGGUUCCGCGGGGGGCGGUGACAGCGCGGGGGGAGCACGGCCCCUUUAAGAGCGGCGCCGCCAUGAUCUGCCUGGUGCUGGGGCUCUUCGCCGGCCUCUUCCACAGCGCCUUCGGCGGGGUCAAUGAACGAACCUUCGUGGCCAUCAAACCGGACGGGGUCCAGCGGCGCCUGGUUGGGGAGAUCAUCCGGCGUUUCGAGAGGAAGGGGCUGCAGCUGGUGGGGAUGAAGCUGCUGCAGGCCUCGGAGGAGCUGCUGAAGGAACACUACAUCGCCCUGCGGGACCGUCCCUUCUACGGCCGCCUGGUGAAGUACAUGAGCUCCGGGCCCAUCGUGGCCAUGGUCUGGCAGGGCCUGGAUGUGGUGAAGACAGUUCGCACCAUGAUCGGGGAGACCAAUCCAGCUGAAUCCAGGCCUGGCACCAUCCGAGGAGACUUCUGUGUGGAAGUCAGCAAGAACGUGAUCCACGGCAGUGACUCGGUGGAGAGUGCCCAGCAGGAGAUCUCGCUCUGGUUCCGCCCCGAGGAGCUGCCGUGCUGGGAGGACAUGGCUGCACACUGGAUCUACGAGUGAGCAGCGAUCCCAAGGGAAGUUCAUCUUCCUGCUGGGACACAGCACACCUCCAUCCAUUUCAUGGCAGCUGCUGGGGCUGGCUGCAGAUCCUCUGUGGGAUUCCUCUUGUGUCUGUGGGAUCCUAGGAGCUGGGCUGUGCGUGGAACGCUGGUUCAGCUCCUGCCAAGGGGAGCUCUUUCUUUUUUUCUCUCUCUGCUCUAGUAAGUAGUUGGUAUUGUUGCUCUGUUUGCUGCAGCAUCUUAAAUCCCAAGUAGCUCAAGCUGAUUAAUUGAAGCAAAACUCGGGCUCUUGGCCCAUUCCUGGGUGUUCUCAUCCCUGCCUGGAGCAGGAGAAUGUGUGUUCCUUGCUGCUGGGAGAGGUGCUGGUCACGAGGUGAUGGGCUUGACAAUUUACCUGCAUUUCUAGAAGGCUUUUCACCAAAGGCUCUUAAAGAAUUGGGCUGCUGUAGGAUAAGGGAGCAAAUUCUCAUUUUGGAGUUCACUCUAAGACAAGGAAUGAAGGAUGGGACAAUUCUCUCUCCCUUGGUGGGAGCCCUGUGUGCUGGGACUGGCAGAAGCUCACCCAGUUUCAGAUGUGAUGAGUGAGUCCAUGGAAGGAAGAUUCUCCAAAUGCUGCUAAACGCACAAUUCCUCAGGCUCUGCUUCCUGGGCUGUGGCUGCUGGGAGUGGGAAGCAGCUCCUUCAGGCCUGCUCUGGUUCUCUGGGGCUGCAUGGCCCUGACCCAGCCUGACACCAGAUUGUCCCUCCAUGAUCACUGAUGCGAGGCAGCAGCACUGGGGCAGCCACAGAAAUAGCAGGGGGAGAGGGAGGCAGGGAAGGAUUUGUGGACCUGGGGCUCGGGAAGGACUAUUUAGGGGAGUAUUUACCUCUCUCUUGUGCACAGCAGAGGCUGUGGAGUCCUGGCACUGAGCUCUGGCAGGUCUUGAGAUCUUCCUUGUCCUCCUGAGAGCUUGCAGUGGAGCUUUUCUGCUGGGAGGGUAUCUGGAAACCAGUUUGUAAUGGGCUGGACACCACCUGUGAGCUGUGCCUGGGCCACCCAGCUCCUCAGAGUUGUGCUGUGUCUGAGCUCCCUGUGCAGCCUCACCAGAGCAAAAGGACAGGGACAGUGAUAUGGAGUCCUGCCAUGGAACAGGGACAUGGAUAAACCAAGGGAACAAGAUCCCCAGGGCUUUACUGUGUGCAGGAUGAGUUUGACCUGUGCCCUAAAAGCCUGUCCCUGUGGGUCCUCAGUUUUGUAGGUGCUGGGGAAUGAGGGCAGCUCUUAGAGAGCAGAGUGAAGUCACCCCCCCCUCGUGCUCCGUGCUGGUCCCACGGUGGUGGGGCUGAGCAGGGCAGGGCUGGGAGGUCUCCCUCCAGUGAGUGGGGCUGUCCAGCUGCCUCAGCCAAGGCUCCUCCUGCCUUGGGGCCUUCUCCAAGCACCUGUGUCCAGCUCUAAAUACCUGACAGAUCCCAUUUGUUCCUGGAACUUGUCCACUUGGCUGAACUUGGAGUCUGGCUGCAGCAGGGCUGCAGAAUGCGCUGGUGAAGACUGAGGUAUGAAGCCAGUGGGAGGAAGGCCAUGUUUGUUGUUUAACAGAUGCACUGAGAAGAGCUGUUGGCACCAAGAACUGCCAGCUCUGACACAGGAAAACCGUGCCCAAAUAGCUGAGCUUCGUCUCCUUCGUCUCUGAGCCUCUUCCUGAAGGAUCCCUCUUCUCCCUGACUACACAGACAGGAUUUAAGAUGCCUCCUGUUUGAAAGUGCACUGAACUCCAGUCAGAUAACAGACCUGACUCAUCAAGCCAGAGUCCCAGGCCAGUCCUCUCCUCUGUGUGUGUGUAGGUUUGGUGUCUGCCAUGACCUCGUCCCACUCUGGGGCAAGACGGAGCAGCAGCUGCAGGGAAAGGGCCCCCAGAGACACUGCUGGGAGCAGGUACAGGAGCUGAGCUCUGGGGGUCUUCCUCGAGCCCCUGGGCACUUUUAAUUGCUUUGCAUGUUGUUUUCUGCUGCUUUUCCUCUGUCCAAGACUGUGCUAAACUGUAAUAAUAAAUGUAGAAGCUGUC